AGCACCAAGCGGCCGCCACCACGCUCCCAUACAAACGUUUGGCUCUACACUAUAUUCCUUCAUAUUUCUCUACAUUCACCUUUUUCCUCGGCAGGUGACAAUACACAACAAUGUUGGACAUCCGACCAAAUCAUACUAUUUAUGUGAAUAACCUAAAUGAAAAGGUUAAAAAAGGAGAAUUAAAGAGGUCUCUGUAUGCGAUAUUCUCCCAGUUUGGCCAAAUUCUCGACAUAGUUGCACUGAAGACUUUAAAAAUGCGUGGCCAGGCUUUUGUGAUCUUCAAGGAAAUUCAGAGUGCUACAAAUGCCAUGAGAGCUAUGCAAGGCUUCCCAUUUUAUGACAAACCUAUGAAAAUUGCUUAUUCCAAGACUGACUCAGACUUGAUAGCAAAACAGAAGGGAACGUACAAGGAGCGAGGAAGCAAACGAAAGGAAGAGGAAAAGAAGAAAAAGAAAGGGAAGGAACCCAAAGGAACAACAGUUGUGCCUGCUGCAGGAACACCUAGUGUUACUGCCAAACCAGGAACAACUGUGGUACCUCCACGUCCAAAUCUCUUCAACCAGCCACCUCCAGUUCAUGGUGGUAGUGGAAUGGGUGUACCAGAACAACCUCCUAACCAGAUUCUUUUCCUAACAAAUCUUCCAGAUGAGACUUCUGAAAUGAUGUUGUCUAUGCUUUUUACACAGUUUCCGGGCUUUAAAGAGGUGCGUCUUGUCCCUGGACGUCACGAUAUUGCCUUUGUCGAAUUUGAGAACGAGAUGCAGUCUGCAGCGGCAAAGGACGCUCUACAAGGCUUUAAGAUAACACCCACACAUGCAAUGAAAAUUGCUUUUGCGAAGAAAUAAGAUUGAUACAAAUGUUUGUGUGUACCGUACUGUAGUGUUUAAGGACAGUUUUGCCACAUUUUCAUCUUAAAAGGUGACAAGUUUGGGAAAUGAAUAUGAUUUUAGGUAUGUAUUAAAGUUCGUAAUUUAUACAAUUGUUAAUACAGUGAAAAUAAUUUUGAUCAAUUUAAAAGUCUUUGAAUUUACUCUUGAGAAUAUUUUUCAUAAUGUAAUAUAUACACUGCCCCCUCACUUAACACAGAUUCACUCAAACACAGUCUUUUUAUUACUACCCAGUAUCGUUCAACCAAGGGUUAAUAUUUGCUUUAACUUCGGUUGUGCUGGACUAACACGGGAAAAUUCAAACGAAAGCAGUCGGGUACAAACGUUUGGCAUAGGCCAGCGGUCAAGUCCAUUACAUUCCACGGGUAGCAUCCCCAUGGCUCCACCUAAAUGUUCCUUAAGUGCCCCUCUGCCUGGAGACACUCAAGCAAAGAAGAGUAGGACCACAUUUACUCUAGAAAGUAAGUUAGACAGACAUUAUUCAAUGUCUUGGGAGAGUGAAAACGAUCCACCUAAGACGGCUUCACACGGUUGUUAACAUCCUACACCACCAUCGUUCUUCAUACCCUUCUUAUGUGAGUACAGUACAGGUAACUCACUUUUGAUUUUGUGUUUUUGGAAUAAAGCGAUUGUUCAAUUAAUACCAAAAGUUAAUUAACGCACACCUAUUUUAUAAAUAACUCACUCAAGACAGUUUGAAUUUGUCCCGUGUAUUCACCUGGGAGCGGAGUUGCGUGUGAUGCCUGGUGAGGUGCUUGUAAGUUAUUACUAAAAAGUCGCAGUCAUAUCAACAUCAAUGAGAGCACUGUUCAUACUCUGAACGGUAAAUGAUGGUUCCCGUAAUCUGUACCAUUUACAUGUACAGUGGUCCCUCGGUUAA